UUUGGUGUCAUUUUAUGUCUAAAGAUAUGAAUCAACUCUGUUACCGACUUGGGAUUUGACGAUGAUUCUUCUUCAUUUUCUACUACUUCUACUUCUUCUUCCUCCUCCUUGAAACUCAAUCUCCCCCCUGAGACCAAUCCAUCAUGGGUGAAGAUGAUAUCGUGGAGCUCUUAUGGAAGAGCGGCCAUCUUGUUCGAAGCAGCCAGGCACAGAGACCCUCUCCUCCUCCUGUUCUACGAGGCAGUGGAAGUGGCAGCGGCGGCGGCGGUGGAGAAGAAAGUGCUCCCCUUCCGCUUCCGCUUCCCCACAGUCAACCGUCUGAUGAGAAUAUUUUGGCGUCUUGGCUUAACCAUCAUCCUCCUCCAGGCGAAGAUGAGUUAAACUAUCAUCUUUUCUACUCCGGCCUCGUCUCAACCCCAUUUACUCAGCCCCAGGGCUCCGUCUCUCUCACACCUCGUCCACCACCACAGCCACCGCCACCGCCACCGCCAGCUAGUUUUAUUAUGUUCACUCCGACGGCAGCGGAGAGACCGAUGGGUCAGUUCAUCGCCGGGAGAAGGGCGGAGAGCUUCUUCAACUUCUCGAGGCUAAGAGGGAACGUACAUACAGGCGGUAGAGUUGAAGCAGCAGCAGCAGGUGCACAGUGGGUUAAAGAUUCAACGCAGGUGGGAUCAAGCGCGACUCCGACUUCUUCUGCACCCGAGUCCUGUCUGACACCACCGACGUUCACUGGCGGAGUGGCGCAGACUUUUGCAGUCCCCAGUCUCACUCGGAAGGUGGUUGAGACGGUUUGCGAGAUCGCCGGACCGUCUUCUUCUUCGACGGAUACAGAGCAGGUUCAGAUACAACCAGCGACGGAGACGGAAGCUGCGGAUGAGAGGAAGAGAAAAGAGAGAGAAGAAGCCGUUGACGAUACCGAGGAAACUGGCGAAGAGGCUCGUGGUUCAACUUCUAGGAAGAGGUCACGCGCUGCGGAAAUGCAUAACAUCUCCGAAAGGAGAAGGAGAGAAAAGAUCAACGAGAAGCUCAAGGCUCUCCAAGAACUCAUUCCUCGCUGUAACAAGACUGAUAAAGCUUCAAUGCUAGAAGAUGCUAUCGAGUACGUCAAGUCGCUACAGCUGCAAAUACAGAUGAUGUCGACGGGAGGUAUGAUGCCUAUGAUGUAUGCUCCAAACAUGCAACGUUUCAUUGCCCCCUCGGCAAUGGGUAUGAACCGGCCUCCAUUUAUACCUUUCCCUGGCAUGGCUUUACCUAGGCAGGUUCAUAUGGUAGGUCUAGGUCCACCGUAUCCACCACAAAGAUAUCCUUUUACAAACGUUCAAGGCUUUGACCCAUCCAGCGUCCAUUUACCAGCUCAGCAGCCUGACCCGAACCAGCCUCAGUUUCCGGGUUACAUGAAUCCUUAUAGCCAGUUUGUUGGUCUCCAACAAAUGCAACAACCUCCUCAUCCUACUCAGUUGCAGAAUCAGUCUCAGGUGAGUUUCAGCCAGGCAAGUAGUAGCAAGGAACCUGAAGAUCAGGACAACAAACCAAUAGGUAAGCGGGGAAGGGGGCAGAGACAUUUCUUGCGAGAUGAGUUAAUGUUCACGAUUUUGGCAGAUCCAUUUCCAUCGCGUUGUUGCAGGUUAAAAAAAAAAGAAUCAGCUAUCCAAGCAAAUGCUCAAAGUUGAAGAUGCAACCAGAAAGAUAACAUGUAAAAUAAUAUAGUCAGUUUAUACAAAGAGGUUAGAUAAGUCGGAGAAGAGAUGUAGGCGUUUGCGUUGUUUUUUUGUUUUAGGCCAAUGAAUAUUUCUCUCCUGCAACUACAAACUUUUGUAACGAAAACAAUAAUCAAGAAUGCUACUAGAACUUUUGUUUG